AAGAAUGUGAUGAAACGGGCGCAAUUCAAAGUCUGGAGUGGGGCAGGUGCUCCCUGCCUCGUGUACAUUGGGCAAACAGGCCCCGACCAUCCCACGUGCUCAGCCCCAGCUCCAGGCCAAAUCGCCUCCGCUCCCACUGACGUCAUCACGGCGCAUCACGUGCCUCCCGAGACCCCACCCCCCACCGUGACGUCCCGGGCCUCGGCCCUGGUCCAAAGUCUACCCGCCUCCUUGUGACAGAAGUGCGACUGCCAGCUGCCGAGGCGUUCAGUCCUGCUGUUCCGGCCGCUGCCCCAGGGCUGCGGGGACGCUCCCGGAGCCCUGCCUGUUCCCUGUCCAUCCAGGCCAGCAGCUGAAGGAGCCUCACCUGCCUCCCUUCUCUGGGUAGCACGGAUUUGAGGAGAAGCAGCGAAGAUGUCCAACGAGCCUCCCCCUCCUUAUCCUGGGGGCCCCACAGCCCCACUUCUGGAAGAGAAAAGUGGAGCCCCGCCCACCCCAGGCCGUUCCUCCCCAGCUGUGAUGCAGCCCCCUCCAGGCAUGCCACUGCCCCCUGCGGACAUUGGCCCCCCACCCUAUGAGCCGCCGGGUCACCCAAUGCCCCAGCCUGGCUUCAUCCCCCCACACAUGAGUGCAGAUGGCACCUACAUGCCUCCGGGUUUCUACCCUCCUCCAGGCCCCCACCCACCCAUGGGCUACUACCCCCCAGGGCCCUACACGCCAGGGCCCUACCCUGGCCCUGGGGGCCACACAGCCACAGUCCUGGUCCCUUCAGGAGCUGCCACCACGGUGACAGUGCUGCAGGGAGAGAUCUUUGAGGGAGCGCCUGUGCAGACGGUGUGUCCCCACUGCCAGCAGGCCAUCACCACCAAGAUCUCCUACGAGAUUGGCUUGAUGAAUUUCGUGCUGGGUUUCUUCUGUUGCUUCAUGGGAUGUGAUCUGGGCUGCUGCCUGAUCCCCUGCCUCAUCAAUGACUUCAAGGAUGUGACGCACACAUGCCCCAGCUGCAAAGCCUACAUCUACACGUACAAGCGCCUGUGCUAACGGAGCUGGGACUCGGGACUCCCCUGCCUGUCAGUCUGGCCCCCUGUGCUUUGCUCCCUGCGCUCAGUGGUCACUUUCCCGCUCCCACUUGGGGCUGGGAGCCGUGCCACCAUCCCCUAGAAGUCCUGUCCUCUUCACCCUGCCCUACCUGAGCAGCUGACUCUUCUGGCAAAAAUUCUGUUGGGAUUUAAGGCCAAGGGUCAGUGGGUGGCAGGGGGCUGGCAAUGAGCUUGUGUGUUGUUGGUCUGCUUGGUGUGUGUGAUCGGGAAGAUAAGCUGGGAGGGGUCUCCUGCUGGGGUCCUGAUUCCUCUGUUUCCAAACAAGGUACAGGUUCAGUCCAGACUCUUUCCCCCUGGGACCAACAGCAGCCAGAGCAGUAGCCAGUUAGUCCCCAGGCCUGUGGCCACAGGCGUUUCUGACCUGCUGGGCCGAGAAUGGGUAAGUUGUCUGGAGUCAGGUGGGCCCACGUAGGACAGGGUCACAAAGCCUGGGUUUGUUUCUGGGUACAUUGCGCCUCUGGGGUGCUAGAGGUGGGGCAUGGUGGCUGGAAGUAAAACUGCCAACUCUGGCCCUCAGAACUCUCAGGUAUAGAAGCCCAGGAUGUCUAAUACCCUGUCCCAGUGCCCGAGAGCUGCCUGGUGUCAGGUAGAGAGGACACUGUACCUGGGUGAAUGAUCAGACCCUGGUAGCUAAGAAGGAACUUGUCCCUUUGAGUCAGUGUGCAGACCCCCUUUCAGGCCAUGCCUCUGUGAACCCUGUAUUGCUGGGGCCGGAAGGAGCCCCUGAGCCUAGCCCCUUCCCGUCUGCCCUGUGUCCUCACUGCGUGUGGGUAUGACCUCUGCCUGGUGGCUGGUGUGUCCCAACUGGGCAAGAGAUGGCAGAGGGUCCCCCUUGUGGGUGCGCUUGGAUGUGCAGAGCCUUCUCCAUGGAUUUUCUUCCCUGUAAGUGCCAGGCCCCUCGCCCCAGCUGACAGGCUGUUGCUGUGCCUGCUCACACCUGCUCCUGCAGGCACACUGGGCUAGGGACGAGGAAGGAGCAGCCACAAGUGGUAGAACUGCCUUGGUGGACACCAGCCUCGCCCUGUCUUUAUUUCCUGAAUGGUUUGUGAACUUGCUCACCUGGACCGCUGUAUCCUGCCACUGUCCUUCCUGGUCUCGCACUGCCACUGCAUGGCCUCCUGUCACUGUGAAUCGUGGCCCAGUCUCAGUUUGUAGUUUCUCAUUAAAUUGGCCCUUUCACUCCCCCGCCCUGGGCCUCUGCUCUCUUGCCUGGCUUCCUUCUUUUUUGAGGGAAAGAGGGUGGGGCUGCAGGCAGUCUACUGGCAGGACGGGAGGCUGAGUCCUCAGGGUCUCACACCCUCAGUGCUGAUGCCAUGCCAACUGCCUGGGACAACACCAACACGUAAGGACCUAAUUAAACGAAACCAGAGUCGGGUGUAGACCAGCCCUGGGAUUUCCAGCUGUGACUGGGCCAGGGCACACGUUGGUCUCGGCAGUGGCUGUAAGGUCACCUUCCUUCCUCUGAUGCUGGUUUCAACCAUCUAUAUAUGGCAUCCACGCAUGGGAUCUGCAAGCUGGAGCCCUCCUACCCGCAGGCUUGAGCACAGCAUCAUCCAGCCCUGGGGAGGCGCACCCUUAAGCAAGACAGACUCGGCCGAGGCUGACAGGCAGAAGACUAACAGAGCGCAGUCUGCACACGCAGGUUCUGGGCCACCUCUGGCCCUGGCCAUCUCUGCACUAACUCAUCUGAAUUAUGAAGGUGGCAGUCUUGGUCAGUAGUUUAAAGAGUUUCCCUACUUUUUAACCCUUUUUGAAAUAAAACUUUUACAGGUAGUAGAUUCCUAUUAAUAAAAUUAUUUAAGUUCA